CAUGAAUAUAAAUAUAAGUGAAGUGAGGUAGAUACCAUAAAUAUUUGAAGUACCGUGAAAAUCUAUUAGUCCUCAUCGUAUGGAAACUCACCUCGUGCUUGCAUUUAUACUAAAUACGACACACCUGAUCUUAAGAUGGUAGGAUCUAUCACACCCGCAACCAUUGCCAACAAGGCCAUUGGUCCUAUUGGAUUUGGCUUAAUGAGCUUAACUCGUCCAUGGUCCCCUACAGAAUACCCAGCCGCGGCCAAGGUCAUGAAAGCGGCGCUUGAGCACGGCGCCAAUCUCUGGAAUGGAGGCAUGUUCUAUGGUCCACCUCACGCCAAUUCACUCCAACUGCUCAAGUACUACUUUGAUAAUUACCCCGAAGACGCAGAGAAGGUCGUCCUUAGUAUCAAAGGUGCAUAUAAUCCCAGAACACACACCCCGGAUGGCAGCCCGGAGGGUAUCCGGGCGUCUGUUAAGGAGGCACUCAAAAUAUUAGGUGGAAGAAUAAAGAUUGAUGUGUUCGAAUGUGCCCGAGUCGACCCCAAAGUGCCCAUUGAGACGUCAGUGAAGGCAUUAGCAGAACUUGUCGAGAUCGGCAAGAUUGGUGGUAUCGGGCUGAGUGAGGUUAGCGCCAGUACUAUCCGACGUGCACAUGCCGUUCACCCCAUUGCUGCCGUUGAAAUCGAACUGAGUCUCUUUACUCCUGAUGUUCUUACUGAUGGCGUUGCCGAGACAUGUCAAGAGCUCGGCAUUCCUCUCAUCGCAUACAGUCCCGUUGGUCGGGGCUGGCUUACCGGCCAGUUUCGUACACCCGAUGACAUUCCCAAAGAAGAUUUUCGGCGUAUGUUGCCUAGGUUUCAGCCCGAAGUUUUUGGCCAAAACCUCAAGCUCGUGGAAGAGAUUGAGGGAUUCGCAAAACGGAAAGGAGUUACUGUUGCGCAGAUUGCUAUUGCCUGGGUUCGGCUCCAGGGCGCGAUCCCCAUCCCUGGUUCUACCAAGAUCGAAAGGGUGAUAGAAAACUGCGAAGACAUUUCAUUGAGUGAAGAAGAUUUGGUGGAUAUCCAAAACCGAUUGAAUAAUUUUCCUGUUCUAGGGGGUCGUUAUCCUAAGCAGGUUGAAGCUCGGGUUAAGUAGUAGAUAGUAUGUAUGGGUACCUACUACCUAGUAUGUGAAUUGGUCUCGUACCUAACUAGGUACCUUCGAGGACUUCACUAUUCAUAGGUAGCGUCAAUGCUGAUUCGCCAAUGUGGCCUUAUACAUCAUUGACGGCUACAAGUAUUUCUCU